UCGGACUGGCUCGGAAUUCUACCCUAUUGACUUAGGAAUGGAAGCUUGGUCCAACGAGCUUGCGUGAGCAUAGGGACGUAUUCAAAAGAUCCUGGGAAGAAAUCGAAAGCCAUGGCAAUUACCUCUGUUCGAAAUCCGACUCUGGGUAAUAAAUCCAAACGUGGAAAUUUACGAAAACGCAAGCCCACGAACGCCCAAGACGUGAUUGACCUCACGAACGACCGAGACGUGAUUGACCUCACGUCGCCGGAGCCAGAAGGUGAAAAUGCUGCCCCCGACAGCACACAUUCAUCGAGAGGCGCUAGGCUGGUAGAGUCUGCCGAUGACUACCAGCUGCGACUAGGCCCUGGCUGGACUUUGAACGACGGAACUUAUGAGCAUGUACCCGAAAAUAAGAGGCGUAGGAGGGAUGUUCCCUAUCCAAGCUUCAUCGAUCGAAGCUACCGAUCCAUGCUGGGACUCAACACCCUCCAACUUGCCCGCGAUGCCCCGAUCAACCUAUGCGCUAUGGAUAUUGCAACGGAGCACGUCUGGAGGUGUCUCCCCGACAUGGUUAAAUCUAUUGUCCGAGUGGCACCUCCCAACGGACCCGCACUUUGGAGCAUCGAUGAGAAGAACCGGCAGGCCAUGUACGAGGAGAUGGCGCGCCCUGCCUACCUAGACAAGACGACACAGACGACGUUCAGGUUCUACGCAGAUCUCAAGGAGACCCCUUGGGUGGUUUGGCCGCUUUGGGUGGAAGAUGAAUGGGGAAAAGACUACGUUCUGGCCGCUUGGUACGCCGAGGCCAAACUGGAAAAUACGUACGAUCGCCUCCGAGCAUUAACCAUAUACGACCCUCGUCGAGACCCGUUGCCCGGCCCGGAUGGAAAACACGGGUUGCUCGAAAAGCGCCUGGAGCGAAUCCGCCUGCGUCUCUUAGAGUUUCUGCGGAAUGGGGAUUUUGACGUGUCCCAAGUGAAGUACUACGAUGGAUACUGCAGUCCGAUGGCACUCGGCGAGGCCACGUCUGGCGAGAGGUGUUUCGCCGCUGUCAAGGAAUUGCUCGAGGAUAUAUGCCGGAAGACGCUCGACGGGUCGCCAGUAGAUUCAGCGCCGAAGCCUUUCCCCGAUAUGGCGCGAUGGGUUCAUCCGUACCAGUUUCGGAUCGAGAUGGCUGGCAUCAAUGCGUGGGUCCUGAUGGCAACGUUCGACUUCAACGCCCGCAUCGCCGUCGAGUGCGUGAUGCCUGACCGGAGGAAUGAGAUCGUGGCCGACGGGAGGCGGCGGAUACUGAAGCCUGAUGACCUUGCCGGCCGGAAGCCUGCGCCCCCUUUAGCCGAUAAGGACUAUCGCAUCUAAGCUAUAGGUAGUGGAGGAAUGGAAUCGCGGUGAAACCUCGAGGCUAGACAAGAGAUAAGUACUGGUAAUGAU